CACGGCACCGCGGGCCGCGUGCAGAGCAGCGUCGCGGGGCGCAAAAUGUUUACCUCCGCCAGUCCGCGUGCAUUCCUUGCCGGACGGCCAUGCUUCCGAGUCCGACCGGUACCGCUGGUCCUCCCGCCGGCGGCUCGGUUCGGCUCGGUGGCUCGGUCCGGCCGCGGUAGGCCCGAGGCCCGUGGCCACAUGGCGUCGGCGAGCAGAAGGUGGGACUAGUCCGCGGUGGUCGGUGGAGGUUCAGCUGAACAGCUCCUGCAUGUGGAGCAGCGGGGAGGUGAUGCUCCGCUGCAGGAGUCAUGAUGGCGGAUUGGCGGGAGUGGAGUCGGGCCUUGGCCCUCAUGUGGCUGCUCACGGUGUGCUGGCGGUCCCCGGCCGCAGCCAGCGGCCCGUGCGGCCCCGCGACGCCGGGAGCGGAGAGCCCCGGAGCGGAGUCAGCCAUAGUGGACCUGCCGAAGGCCCAGCACAGCCAGCGGCAGCACCUGGAGGCGCUCUUUCAUCGGUACGGGGAAAAUGGCACCCUUUCCCUGACAGGCCUAAAGCGUCUGUUGGAAAGUAUGGGUCUCGACCACAUCAGGAAUGUGACUGUACAACAUCAUGGGGAAGAAGACAUGGACCACGCCCACCAUGAUCAUCACCAUGACAAUAGCACACACCGCCAAAAGCGUGCAGUCUCAGUGCCUAGAACAUUAUUGGAGACAUCUAAGGAGCAAGAUGCCACCCUAAAGAGAUUGGAAAUGUUGACCAGCCACGACAACCUCAACAAAAAUCAACCCACCGAAACAGAUUCCUACCCACUGGCAAUGGAUACCAUUAGACGCAGACGAAGGGGUGUGAACAAAGACGUGUCGCAAGGCAGUAAGACGGACGCCAACACCUCCGAGAUUCCAACCCGAACUCCUGUGGUUGGCAAGGAGGGUUCCCACAAUGACAGCCAUGGAAAUGACUACGACAGCCACGGACACAGCCAUGACGACGGACAUGGACACAGCCAUGACGGCGGACACGGACACAGCCACGACGACGGACACGGACACAGCCAUGAUGGACAUGGACACAGCCACGACGACGGACACGGACACAGCCACGACGACGGACACGGACACAGCCACGACGACGGUCACGGACACAGCCACGACGGCGGACACGGACACAGCCACGACGACGGACACGGACACAGCCACGACGACGGACACGGACACAGCCACGACGACGGACACGGACACAGCCACGACGACGGACACGGACACAGCCACGACGGCGGACACGGACACAGCCAUGACGACGGACACGGACACAGCCACGACGACGGACAUGGACACAGCCACGACGGACACGGACACAGCCAUGACGACGGACAUGGACACAGCCACGACGGCGGACACGGACACAGCCACGACGACGGUCACGGACACAGCCACGACGACGGUCACGGACACAGCCACGACGACGGUCACGGACACAGCCACGACGACGGUCACGGACACGACGACGGUCACGGACACAGCCACGACGACGGACACGGACACAGCCACGACGACGGUCACGGACACAGCCACGACGACGGACACGGACACAGCCACGACGACGGACACGGACACAGCCACGACGACGGACACGGACACAGCCAUGAUGACGGACACGGACACAGCCACGACGGCGGACACGGACACAGCCACGAUGGACAUGGACACAGUCAUGAUGACGGACAUGGACACAGCCACGACGGCGGACACGGACACAGUCACGACGACGGACACGGACACAGUCACGACGGCGGACAUGGACACAGCCAUGAAGGUGGACACGGACACAGCCAUGACCAAGGACACGGACACAGCCAUGACGACGGACACGGACACAGCCAUGACGACGGACACGGACACAGCCAUGACCAAGGACACGGACACAGCCAUGACCAAGGACACGGACACAGCCAUGACCAAGGACACGGACACAGCCACGACCAAGGACACGGACACAGCCAUGACGACGGACACGGACACAGCCAUGACCAAGGACACGGACACAGCCACGACCAAGGACACGGACACAGCCAUGACGACGGACACGGACACAGCCAUGACCAAGGACACGGACACAGCCAUGACGACGGACACGGACACAGCCAUGACCACGGACAUGGACACAGCCAUGACCAAGGGCACGGACACAGCCAUGACGACGGACAUGGACACAGCCAUGACCAUGGACACGGACACAGCCAUGACGACGGUCACGGACACAGCCACGACGGCGGACAUGGACACAGCCAUGACGACGGACAUGGACACAGCCAUGACGGCGGACACGGACACAGCCAUGACCAAGGACACGGACACAGCCAUGACGGCGGACACGGACAUAGCCAUGACGGCGGACACGGACACAGCCAUGACGGCGGACACGGACACAGCCAUGACGACGUGCAGGAGAGUGAGGAAUGUCUCGGGGCUUCUGCCAUCCUGUCCUCUCACGGGAUGUCGGAGGAUGCUGUCCUGACUGUCGGGGACUUCAGCUACAUCUGUCCCGCUCUGCUCCGCCAGAUGGACUCCAGGUCCUGUGUCCAGCAUGGAGGGAAAGGCUUGUCCCAUGAUAACCACGGACACAGUCACGGAGACGGGCACGGACACAGUCACGGAGACGGACACAGUGGACACAGUCACGGCAGCGAUUCUGAAGCGUCCAGAUCUAGAAGCGCCACCGUAGCUUGGGUUGGCGGCUUCAUUGCGGUCACGGUUAUCAGCCUGCCCUCUUUGAUGGGCAUCAUCAUCAUCCCCCUGAUGAAUAAGACUUUCUUCAAGUUCCUCAUCAGUUUCCUGGUGGCUCUGGCCGUGGGCUCACUCAGCGGAGACGCCUUCCUGCACCUCAUUCCCCACUCUCAAGGAGGCCAUUCCCAUUCUCAUUCCCAUUCCCAUUCCCAUGCCCAUUCUCAUCACCAUGAUGAGUCGGAGGAGCUGCGUGGGAUCUGGUUGGGGCUUACAGCUCUGGCUGGAGUCUACUUCAUGUUUCUGACAGAGCACUUCAUCACCCUGGGCAAAAUGUACAAGGAUAAAAGACAGAGGAGCCACAGUAAAGGAGAUCUGGACAAUCAGCUGGCACUGGAGAACAACACCAAACCAGUCAAGGAUGUUGAGAACAAGGGCACUUCUGGUGACCACGUUAGCGACGGGAACAUGGCAGAAGAGGAGCAGGUGAUGCUGGCCCCGAUCGUCGCCGUGGUGACCCCACAGGAGGCUGAAGAAGGCACCUUCACAGGCGAUGAAUGCGAGAACAAGUGUCACUCACACUUCCAUGACACGGUGGCCAAGGCCGACCCCAAGCACCACCAUCACCAUGACUACCACCACAUCCUGCACCAUCACCACUCCCAGAACCACCACCCCCACGCACACCCCCACUCCCAUUCCCACUCCCACACUGAGCAGGACCUCAAGGGGGCCGGCAUCGCCACCCUGGCCUGGAUGGUCAUCAUGGGAGAUGGCCUACAUAACUUCAGUGACGGCCUGGCCAUUGGGGCCGCCUUCACUGAGAGUCUGUCCAGUGGUCUCAGCACCUCCUUGGCUGUCUUCUGCCAUGAGCUCCCACAUGAACUUGGUGACUUUGCGGUGCUACUGAAGGCAGGCAUGACGGUGCGCCAGGCAGUCAUCUACAACCUGCUGUCAUCCUUAACGGCCUAUCUGGGCCUGAUCACUGGUAUCCUCAUCGGCCAGUACGCUGACGACAUUGCAACAUGGAUAUUCGCUCUCACGGCUGGUCUCUUCCUGUAUGUGGCGCUGGUGGACAUGGUGCCAGAGAUGCUGCACAAUAAUGAAGGAAACCACGGUUCCAGUCACUGGGGCUUCUUCCUGCUGCAGAACGCCGGCAUGCUGUUGGGCUUCGGCAUCAUGCUGCUCAUCGCCAUUUAUGAACACAGCAUCCAUCUGGACCUGGGUUACUGAAGAUGGGUGUAGUCCUGCUCCUCCCGUGCAUUCCAGUGCUGCAGUUAAAUUAUGUGUGUGGAUUUUUAUUAUGUUGUGUGUUCUUUCUGCUUGUGUCGGCUUCUACUGUCCUGAAACUCAAAUGGGUCCUCCUCUGCGCUGGUGGGCUGAGAUCUUCCCCGGACCAGAACAUGAAUGUGUGGUGAUGUGACUGAUGAGGGAGGCAGGGACGCAUGUUAUGGAUGUCCUGAUGAAGAGCUGCUUACCUGACAUGGCUUUGGUCUGGUGGUCAGAUGUGGGCUUGCAUACAGACUCCUUUAGGGCGGCUAAUGUGCUUGGGCCGGUUAAAGGUUGGCCCGGCGGCUGAUUCUGAGCCGCACCAGAGCUCGUCUUGCGUCAUGUUGAUUUAUUUGGAGCCUUUUUGUUGUCCAGCUUUGUCUGUUACAAGACAUCAGACCAUGAAGGUCUUUCUUUAGUUCCUGCUUUGUGUUGGGCUUGUAUACUGUAGUCCGUGGUCAUGAUCUCCACAUGGUGCCUUACAUUCAGACUCUUAUGUGGAGUCCAGGUUCUGCCUUGGGGCAGUGUGCCACCGAAGGACAAACGGCAGCCGUAACAUGUUGUUGGUUUGUCUUCUUUAACGACCAGUGUGUGUCCUUCGUCGUCGGCUCGUCUGUUACAUCAUGUUUCCUUACAGACAACAGACCGAGCUUCUCUUGACCCUCUGACCUUCUGUCCUCACUUGUCACCGAGAGCCUGAGGCCACCGCGGCACGCUGGCUGAUCCAAGCCCGGCGUUUUCUAAUGGGACACACCUGACAGGUGGUCUCUUUAAAGGAUCAGACGCUGAGCUACACUGGAACCCCAUUCCUACAAGUCCUGUGAACAUGAGUCCAGCAUGUUGUCAGUUGAUUUUUGUUAAAGAUUUUGCUGUUACUUCAAAUGUCUGUCGUUAAUGCUGUUUGACUUGUUCUUCAGUCACUUUUGAAUAUCUUGUGGAACAAGGAAGCCACCCGUUGUUUGGUUUCAUUAAUCUCCUGCGGUCAAAGUCCUGCUUCCCCCCCCCACCCCACCCCUUCUGGCAAGCUGCGGCCCAGCCUCGGCCGGGUCAGAGGUCAGGGUGUCCACCCAGAGGUGUUGUGAGCAGCGUCUUCUUGUCCGGCUCAUCGGGGCAGACGCACUUGGGGACGGCCUUCCUGUCCCAGCUCAGUCUUCUCCAAAGGGCCCGAGUGGGUUUCCUGCGAGCCUGGUCCACAUGUCAGAAGAUGUGGGCUGGUGGCUGACAGAGGACAUGUCCCUGUUGAACGUCACCAAGUCUGGUACAUUACUCUCAUUGUCCCUGCUGAAGUGCCCGUGAGCAAAGUGUCAGAGAGCUCUCUGUUACCCGUCUGUCUCUGAGAGUCAUUCUCUGGAAUCUGACGAUGGAGCUGAAAGAGGGAUGUUUGUUUUUGUUUCUUUCUCCUUCAGGAAGUAAAUGUUUUCAGAAAUACUGUGGCAGCUCUACAUGAACCCUUCUCACAAACCAAGUACACGUCUAAGAUCUGCUUCCAGUAAACGUUGACUUGGAAUGUGGUCUGUCCUUGUAAUCCUGAGCUGAUAUGUUGUACAAAGUGAUGAGGUCAAGAGAUGUUUCCAGAAUGAGGUCAUGUAAAGUGUUGUAAUUAUUGUAAGUUAUUGUGCCAUUUUUUAAUUUAAACGGAAAGUGUUUGUUUCUGCCCAGCUGUCCUGUAACAAACGUCAAGUCCAACCAACCACAGCACGUUUUAUGUACUUGUACACCCACUGAACUUGCUUCAUGGCUUAUUUUUUACUUUUGUGUGUGUACAACAAUCUGUAUUGGACAGUGGAAUUGUCCGUGGCCACUACUGGUAUCAGUCCUAUUAAAUAUUGACCAAAUAUUAAAACCCUGUCAAGAAGUGAGCAGUCUGGACAAGGUUCUGGAGCCCUCGAGCCAAGGUGUGUGUUGUCUCCAUGUAGGAGGGAUCCGUUUGUGGUGGAAGUUCAGUAUGCCAACGUAGACUACAUGGUUUGUUAGGCAGCUUUAGGAUGGUCACUGUGUUUUUUCCUUUUAUAACAAUAAAACUUGUUCACCCACACAA